AUGAAGUUCCAAAUGCCGCGCCCUUCAGGCGGAAGCCUAGGACGCACGAAGAACAUCCUGCAUUUCACACAAGCGUUCAUCAUCUUCAUCGCCUGGGCGCUGACUAUCGCUAUCUGGACAAAAGGCGAUGGUAUUGACGGGCGCACGGGGUGGUACUGGGGUCUGUGUUGGCUCAGUAUCCCCGGUCUCGUCUACCUAGUCGCCGUACCAAUGUGGCCGCGCGCCCGCCGCUUCGGAAACGUUUACGCCUUUGCCUGUGUCGAUAUUCUCUAUACGAUUCUCUGGGCUAGUGCUUGGAUUUGUCUUGCGUCGUAUGUUGCGCAGGGCAAGUCGAAGGGGUCUUCGGAUAGCAGUGACAAGGACUCGAAGUCGAGCUCGGAUUCGAAGUCUACGACGAAGAGGGCGACGAAUAGCGAUAGCAGUUCUAAGACUGGGUGUGAUAACUGGGCUUAUGGAAGUGCUGCUAAGUGCAAGCUUAGCGAGGCGACUACCAUUAUUGGUGUCUUUAUCUUUAUCCUAUUCGCCAUCACCGCCUGGAUGUCUUUCCGCAACGUGAUGCACUUCCGCCGCACAGGCACACUCCCCGACGCAGUCUCAGACCCCACCUUCGCAGCCCAGACCAAGGCUGCCUUUUCCUCGAACCCGGCCCACGACUUCGAGGAAGACGAAGAUGACUUCCGCUCAGGCCGUGGCGGUGGAAUGGCCGCCUCUUCCCGCGGUGAUCAGGACGAGGACUACGCCCUCCUCCAGCAAAGCGAGGUCGACGACCUAGGCAAUGCACACGGCCGGUCCGCGAUGCACGGCUCUUACGACCCCACUGCUCCCGCGCCUGGUGGUGUCCUCCAUGAUUAUAACGGUAGCACAGGUUACGGCGGGGCUCAUGGACAGCACUAUACUGCCCCUGGUGAUCAGUUUGCGCCGACUGAGUAUGGGGGAUCCUCUGUUGGGUAUGGGGGAUCUUCCGUUAGCGGGUAUGGGCGUUGA